GAUUUAUGCUAGCACGUACUAGCGUAAAUUCUAGCGCGAGAUAUGGAUAUCAUGGAAUUAGCGAAGAGUGGAAACAGCAACUUGGCCUAUCGAGGUCUGAGUUCCGAAAUUGAUUUCGACGUGAUACCGAGUCCCGAGAGUCUCUUCACCCUGGAAGAACUAAUCGGCGAGGGUACCUACGGUGAAGUGUACGCUGCUCGCGAUCAAGCAAAAAAUACCCGUGUGGCAAUUAAAAUUCUCGAGAAUAUCGCUGACAACAUCGAGGAGAUCGAGGAGGAGUACCUGAUCCUUCGGGAUUUGAGCCCCCACCCGAAUAUCCCCCUCUUCUACGGUUUAUUCAUGAACAGAGGAAGUGUUGGACAGGAUGAGGAUCAACUGUGGUUCGCUAUGGAGCUCUGCACAGGCGGUGCUGUUACGGAUUUGGUCCAAGGGCUGAAGAAGCGAGGAAGCCGUUUGACUGAUAAUCAAAUAGCUUACAUAAUCCGAGAAACCGUCGAGGCGCUCGUCUAUUUGCACACCAAUCACUGCAUGCACAGGGACGUUAAAGGACACAAUAUUCUCCUCACUGAGGAGGCCAAUAUUAAAUUGGUGGAUUUUGGCGUUUCGUCGCACAUGGCUAUGACACUUGCUCGAAAAAAUACGUCUGUGGGAACUCCCUAUUGGAUGGCACCAGAGGUAAUAGCAUGUGAACAACAACUGGACUCCUCCUACGACUGUCGCUGUGACGUGUGGUCAGUGGGAAUAACAACAAUUGAAUUAGCCGAGGGUGAUCCACCCCUUGCCGAGCUCCACCCGAUGCGUGCACUAUUUCAAAUACCCCGAAAUCCACCCCCUAAACUCAAAAAUCCCGAGCUCCAUCUACCAGAAAUGUCGGACUUCAUUGGCGAGUGCCUCGUCAAAGAUCUUGAGCAUCGACCCUUUGCGAGUGAGCUUCAAGAGCAUCCACUCCUGAAGUCUGUUGAUUGUUUUCACGAGCAAGUGAGGGAUGAACUACAAAGGGAAAUUCAGAGGCAGAGGAACGAGGGUAGGGUGCACAGACAACCGGAAAUAACAACCAAGCAUGGAAAAUUGAAGUGCGAUAGGAAGAUUGCGGCCAAGAAAAUUUAUUUCGAUGACCUUGCUGCACUUGAUGCCCUAUCUGAGGACAGUAUUGUUGAACAGCUGGAGCACAGAUACUCGGAGGGACAAAUAUAUACGUAUAUAGGAGACAUUCUGGUGGCAGUUAACCCCUUCACCAAUCUGGGCCUCUACACCGGAAUUGAACAGCGCCGAUACAAAGGUCAAGCACGAUCAGACAAUCCACCCCACAUAUUCGCAGUGGCUGACGCUGCAUAUCAAGCACUACUCCAUCAACGUCAGAACCAAGCCAUCAUCAUAAGUGGUGAAUCUGGUGCUGGUAAAACUGAGAGUGCAAAUUUAUUACUUAAACAAUUGGUUUACUUGAGCAAAGCACCAAACAGAAAUCUUGAGGAGCAGAUACUGCAGAUUAAUCCUAUAAUGGAGGCAUUUGGCAAUGCCACAACUGGUAUCAAUGCCAACUCAUCGAGAUUUGGAAAGUACUUGGAUUUAACCAUGACCAGGGGUGGUAAAGUCACUGGGGCUAGAAUUGCUGUUUAUCUUUUGGAGCAGUCGAGGGUUGUUGCACAAGCGGCAGGCGAGCGAAAUUUCCACAUAUUCUAUUACAUGUACGACGGUCUGGAGGCGGACAACCGUUUGGAAGAGUUCCACCUGGACUAUUUACUCCGUAAUAAUCACAGAUAUUUAACCGAUAACAGCUGUGCGAGCAAAGCUCACAUCGAUAAAUUCUACGAAAUAAAGAAUGGCUUCAAAGUACUGGGAUUUCGGGAUGCCGAGGUGGACACUGUCUACGCGGUUCUAGCGGCUAUUUUACAUCUCGGGGAUAUUGAGUUUGAAGAAGCUGCUGGGGAAGAUAACACGGAUAAUAAGAGUGUUGUCGUGAAUAAGGAUCCAUUGAAUCGAGUCUCUCAUCUUCUGGGAAUUGAGAGAACAGAUUUAUUGGAAGCAUUGACAUCAAAUUCAGUAGUAACGAGAGGUGAAACAAUUACACGUAAUAACACAGUGGAAGAGUCAUGUGCAGCGCGUGAUGCAAUGGCAAAAGGAUUGUACGGUCGUUUGUUCGAUUGGAUGGUCAAUCAGAUAAAUUGCCUGCUGAGUUUUAAUAGAUCACCGAAAUACGAGCCACUGGCCAUCGGUCUUCUGGAUAUAUUUGGUUUUGAAAAUUUUCCGAGAAAUUCUUUUGAACAAUUGUGCAUAAAUAUCGCCAAUGAGCAGAUACAGUAUUACUUCAAUCAGCAUAUAUUCACGUGGGAGCAGCAGGAGUACAUGGCAGAGGGAAUACCCGUUGAUCUCGUUGAAUUCUCGGAUAAUAGACCUGUACUGGAUAUGUUACUCAGCAAACCAAUGGGCUUGUUAGCGCUAUUGGAUGAGGAGAGCCGAUUUCCGAGGGCUAAUGAUCGAUCAUUAAUUGAAAAAUUCCACAGCAACAUAAAAUCGAAAUUUUACGUUCGCCCCAAGUCGGAUGCCGCCUGUUUUGCAAUCCAUCACUUUGCUGGUCGUGUUGUGUACCAGGCAGACGGUUUUCUGGAGAAAAAUCGCAACUUUUUACCCCCCGAAGUGAUUCAACUAGUCCGACAAUCGCAAUCUGAUAUGGUUAGAUUUUUAUUCCAAUGCCCAAUCACCAAGACCGGUAAUUUGUAUUCAGCGCUACGUGAUACGGGUUCACGUAAUUCAACGCAUUCCAAUCAUGAUACAAAGGAGAAAUAUUCGAGCCGAGGAUUGGCGUCACAGUCGAGGGCCCAACAGACUGUCGCGACUUAUUUCAGGUACUCGCUGAUGGAUCUACUACAGAAGAUGGUCACGGGUUGCCCUCAGUUCGUCAGGUGCAUCAAACCAAAUGAAACAACGAGUCCUAGGUAUUUCGAUAAGGAGAAGGUUGUUAAGCAGUUGAGGUACACUGGAGUCCUGGAGACUAUUAGGAUCAGGCAGAAUGGUUUCUCACAUCGGAUUCCCUUCAAUGACUUUUUGAAGAGAUACUGUUUCCUAGCCUUCGGCUACGACGAGAAAGUGGUAGCCAACAGUGACAACUGUCGUCUCCUCCUGAUCCGCCUGAAAAUGGACGGUUGGGCCCUCGGAAAGACCAAAGUCUUUCUGAAAUACUAUCACGUAGAGUUCCUCUCAAAAAUGUACGAAGAGCAAAUAAGAAAAAUUGUCAUGGUUCAGGCCUCGGUGAGGCGUUGGUUGGCAAAAAUAUAUUACAAAAAACAGAAGUGGCAGUUGGCUUGCUCGGUGGUAACCCUCCAACGGCAUAUUCGCGGCUGGCUGUCGAGGAAGAGGAUUAAUCCUAAAGUAUUGCAUCGAAGCCUGUCGACGCUACCGUCUCCCUUGGAAGACAUCCAAGCGGAAGAAAAGCUGAACGAAAUUCUCCGUAGCAGAAAAAUGUCCCAGGAUGCUCUAGCUGACCAAAUAGCAAAACUCUCGGCGAGUGUCGAUAAAGGCGAUAUCAAUGAGGAUGACGCAGCUGUAAUCAUCCAAAGCUUCUUCCGUGGCUACACCAUCAGAAAGCGUUUCGGCUACCAAUUGGAGGAACGCUUCAAGGAAAUCCUGAAUAAAUACAAUUGCAAACAGGAGGCACGAGAGGCGCUGAUUCGAGAGGGAGUGAGGAAUGAGGACGCAAUAUUUAUCGUCCACAGAUGGUACAAGAGGGAGGUCCGAGUGAAAAAACCGAGUAAUGAACCCCACCCGAAGCUUCGACAGGCCGAUCUCAUUCAAUUUUCACAAGAUGUACACAUGAAAAAUCAGGAGGUACACAAAUAUCUCAGGAGGAAUAAGCCGGGUAUCAGAUUGAACGAGAUUGAUGCACCCCCCGAGGAUUACCAACGACCCGAGGGAUUCAAAAUGGUUCAGGCUGUCAUGAAUUAUCGAAGUGGCAAUCAAAUGGAGGUUGAUGAGACGGUGAAGUAUUACAGAGACUUAAAGGAAGAAAUGAGUAGUGGUUCGGAAUUCGAAGAAGACGAAGUUGGCUGGGACUUGCCGCUGAUACAGCUGGAAAAUGACCUUCAUCCGUCAACGAGUCGCAACGAUCAGGGCCAUGUUCUAGAGGUGAGCUCAGAGAGGCAGGACAGGCUCAUUGCCCAAGGCGACUACGUUUUAGCACCGGAACAUCAACUAUCCGAUAUUUGGCACAAAGCCUUGAGACAGCCAGACUCAAAACCCGGAAGAGAACAAUCGGAAAAGGCACGAAGAGGAAUCAUGGCGAACUUUCAGUACAACGAUUAAUGGAGUGUUCCCCCCUGGCAUGCAGAACAUCCAAGAGUAUCGAUCAAACCCCCAUGACUCUCCGUAUUUCCACUCUACAGUUGAUGUACGGAUCCCACCAGAGCCUGGAAACAUCAGUCUAACUAACAAGAAUUUAAUCAAAACUAGUCUGAGCAUGUAUACACUUUUAUUUAGUUUCGUAAUAGUUAAUAGUGUUACUAAAGACACGAUUCUCAUUGUUUCAACACCAUCUAUGUAUGUCUUUGAAAAAAAAAAACAUUAAAAAGGAAGUUUAUUUGAAACAGCAAA